GGGGGCGGGGCCAGGCAGGCGGGGGGCGGGGCCAAGGCGGCGCCGUUGCCGCGGUGACCGGGACGCGCCGUCGGGGCCGCCAUGGAGCUGGUGGGGGAUCGGUAUCUGGGGAGCACCGUGCGCGGCAGGAUGGAAGGAUACGGCUCCUACACGCUGCCGACCGGGGCCGAGUACCGGGGCUCGCUGUGGGACGGCAUGUUCCACGGCAAGGGCGAGCUGCAGCUCAUCAAAGGCGGCGGAUACCGGGCGCUCUGGGACCGCGGGAGGCCCACGAAGGGGAAAUACACUUUUACAGAUGGUCUCGAAUUCGACGAGGAAAAAUGGCCCUACUGCGAUGGCUACGACAGAAGAUUUUAUACAGAGAUCUGUUUGGGUUUUAAACCACCAGGCAUUCCUCAGCUUACAAAUCUGGAUCCUCCCAAAAUAAUCCCAGAAGGUUGUUAUGACUGUGGUGAUGGAUUCUAUAACCCUGAAACCAGAGUAGUUGUUGACUACAAACGCAAGUUUCUGAGAAAUGCAGACAAUGAUGAGCAUGAAUGGAUCCUUCGGACCUGCCGGAGAGCCUGGGACAUACCAAUCGAGCACAAACCGAAACCACCAGACAGCUUCUCCUAGACAAUAUUCCAGCAAAGCAGGUAAUCUGAGUCACAAUAAAUGCAAUUUGUCCUCGUGGAUUUGUCUCACCCUUUCCCUCGACAGGAAUAUAAUCUUUCUGUCAUCUUUGUCAGCUCAAAGAAAAAUGGAAAUAAUCAUUUAAUCAGUCAUGCUGAGCAAAAGCCACGGCAAAAAAGCCGACUGUACUCACAAUAAUAUUCCUGAGAGGUGUGCAGUGUAGUAUGUAUAAACAUUAUUAAGCCUGAAAACAAUUUGUUAAAAAGAGUGCCUCAGAUUCAGGGUUGAAGUCAUUCAAAUCCAUCUUAAUCAACAUUAUUUUCCCAGAUUUUAGUUAGCUGUCCUGGUGAAUUCCUUUCCUCUCUUUUUGCUCAGUACUUUGAUAUUGAUUGAUCAUUGUAAUAAUGUACACCAGAGGUAUUCUUUAAUGACGGGUUUGCUAACUAGGAAAUUAUAUCCAUUUACUACGAACGUUUGUUGAACUCUCCUGAAGCCAGAGUUUAACAAAAUAAUAAAAGAGGAAAACUGGGUGGGUUGCUGCUUGAUUAGUAAGCCAGAAAGUAUUUAAAAAUAAAAUAAAAUGGAAUUACAUCAUUUUCUGGAUGUAAGUGCCAGCACUUCUACUUGCAUUAACUUUAUUUAUUACACAAAUAAGACAUUUACAAAGCACAACAUUAAAAGUAUGUAACAAAACAGACAUUGGUUUUACAAAAAGUGCUUACAAUUUUGUUUUACUUUUUUAAAAUAAAUAUUAGUCUUGACUGUCCACUCAUUCAGAGAAAAUUUUUUUUAACCAUUGUAGCCAAGACAUGCAGAAUUGCAACAUGCUACAACAAAAUGAUUGGCAGAUGAAAUAAAACUGGUGUUUAGUUGGCAUCCUACAGAUAAAUCACUGAUAGUAGUGCAGGAUUGGUUCCCACUCCCUGCCCCAACGAGUGACUUCUGUAAGCACCUUUAGCUCGGGCAUUGGGUUAACCAGCAUGAGCCAGAAAAAAUCACUGGUGAUAAAACCUGCAACCAUCCCACUUCUGUUAGUCACCUUACUAAACUGCAGUGAAGAGCCUUUCACUGGCUGUCUUCAGUGGAUUCUGUCUGCAAAAGGGUUUGUAAAUAGCAACUGGAAAAGUUUAGUGCAUGGAGUCUGCAUUGCUGCACCAGAACCCAUCUGGCAAUUACUGAAUAAACUAAGAAAAUGAGAAUGACUUUUAAUUUUUUUUUUUAAUCCACAAACAGGAGAUGAAUGCAAAUGACCUGAGAUAAGGUUUGGUUCAGUGGCAACAGUCAGUGUGAAAUAUGUUGUGAAACAAUGUAUUGAAUAAAUUAGAAGAUUUCUUAC